AUGGGUUCGCUUGGACCCCACGACAGCAACGAAGGGUUAAUUGUAUUUAGUUUUCAUCAUGCUUGGGUAUUACCGACUGGGUACCAUUAUCUUUAUUCUUAUGUUCUCCGUUGGUUAGGUGCUCAUAUCGGAGAAAAUGUCAAAAUCACUGACAUAGACACUUUUCUGUCCUGUCCAAUAAAUCUGUUAAAACUCGAAAUAGGUGUUACUACUUUUGGUGGAGUUUCAAUAGUUCCUACUGAAUUGACACUCUCAGGUGAUCAUCGUGUAGGUCAAAUAAUGCUUGGAUCUCAUGCAAAUCUUGCCAAUGGAUGUUCAAUCUUGCCCGGUAGUUGCCUUGCAUCUGAGACAAUGAUUGGCAAUUUAACACGCAUCUCACGAGAGACAAAAAGUAAAUACGGAGAAGUUUUCAUGGGUAUUCCAGCUCGUGCAAUGCCAGUUCAAAUGCCUGUAAUGCCAAAAAAUCAGGAUCAUAUUGAAAUCAUACCAUUUUGGCAUUCAUGCUUGUCUCAUUAUAUCAGCAAAUGUCUUUUAUUAAGCAUUUAUUCGUUUGGUGGUCUCGUUGGUGGAUCAAUCAUUCCUACAAUGCUUGUGUGUGGCCUCUAUCGAUGUCGUUCAUAUAUAUGUUAUCAAAUUAUAGAACAAAUAAUAGCAAGAGUGAGUCAAGAUUAUGCACAAUUUAUUUGUCCAUUUCUUGAUAAUACACAAUGGCUCAUUCGACUUUUUCGAGCAUACGGCGCUCAUAUUGGUGAAAAUACUAUAAUGCCAGAUAUAUCUAGUAUCACCGAUUAUCAUUCGAUGACUAUUGGAGAUAAUGUUCGACUUAUUGUGGGUACACAGAUACAGGGUCACAGUUUCGAACAACGUAUUUUAAAACUAGCUCCUGUAUCAAUCGGUAAUUCAUGUGUACUCAUGAGUGGCUCAAUUGUAAUGACAGGCUGCAAACUAAUGGGUAACAAUCGUCUUUAUCCCUUGACACUGAUAAUGAAAAAUGAUCAGUUAUCAUGGAAUACUCAUUGGAAAGGGAUUCCUGCACAAUCUUACACGGUAAAAGCAAAAUUAUCUCGGCCGACAAUAGUUCAUGACGAUCUAGUAAAAUAUCAACAAGGAUACGACACCAUUAAUGAAUUGUUUCUUUGGUACGAACGAAUUGCAAGCGUCUAUACGAGUAUAAAUGAAUUACAAUUUAUGAAUUAUGGCUAUGCAGAUAUGGAUGAAUAUAUUGAUGAUCAUACUGGCUAUUAUUCGAGAAAACUUUAUGAACAGGUUCUUGCAAAUGUGACAUUAACAGAUCAGAAUGUCCUUGAAAUCAAUUGUGGUAGAGGUGCUGGUGCUGCAUGGUGUGUUCAUACUCAUGCAUCUCACUCUUACACUGGAAUAGAUCCUUCUCAAGAUGUCAUUAACUUAUGUCAACGACUUUAUUCGACAAUUCCGCGACUUUCUUUCGUAGUAGCUAAUGCAACAAAACAUUUACCAUUUGAAAAUGAGUCAGUUGAUAUCAUUCUUUGUAUUGAAGCAACACAUGCUUUCGACGAACCAAUAGCAAUCACACAGUUUGCUAAUGAAGUCUUUCGUGUACUUCGCCCAAAUGGACAUCUUCUAUGGUGUGAUUUUUGUUACAUGAAUGGAUCAGGUACAUCAGUUUAUGAUUUGAUAGCAAACGGUGAAUUAAUUAUUAAAGAAAAGAUUAAUAUUACAAAGAAUGUUCUUCAUGCACUUGAUAUUCAAAAUAAGUCUCGUACUGAUUUCAUUCAACGUUAUAUUCAAUCUGAAGAACAAGAAUAUUUUCGUCGGUUUGCUGGAUUACCGGGUACUCAAAUUUAUGAUGACAUGAGUCAAGGACGUUCACAAUAUUGGCGAGUUGUAUUUCGAAAGAAGACAAUAACAGAUAUGCCUAUCAUCUGA